GUCGGACACAGAGGACACAGCUGUGUGAGUCUGAAGACUUUGGUCCAAAUGGAGAAGAUCUCUGCAAUGAAGGACUUUCUGACUUGUCCUGUUUGUCUGGACACCUUUAAAGAGCCAGUGUCCCUGACCUGUCACCACAGCUUCUGCUCCAAGUGUCUGUACAGCUAUUGGAACAAGAACAGCACCAGGAACUGCCCCAUGUGUCGCAGGAAGUCCUCGAAAGAACAUCUAGAAGUGAACUUUGCUCUGAAGGAACUGAUUGUGUGCUUUUCACAGAAGGAGGAGGCUCCAGGAGGAGAGAGGCCCGUGAUGUGCACCUCACACCCAGAGCAGACGCCUCUGUUCUGCCUGGAUGAGAGCCACUUUCUGUGCUCUGUCUGUGAGUUUUCUCUUCACUUGGGGCAUAAGGUGGUGACUGUGGACUCAGGCGUGAGUGAAAAGAAGGGAAGGCUGUGCUCGCAGCAGCAGUCUCUGUUCCAGAAGAGAGAUCAGGUCUUAGACAAACAGACACAGUGUGAACAAAUACAGGAGCUGGCACAUGCGCAGGUGGAGGCCUGUGAACGUCACAUCAAGGCGGAGUUUGAGCUGUUACACCGGUUCCUCCAACAGGAGGAGGAGUCUGCACUCAGAGCUCUGAGACAGGAGCAGAGCAGACAGACCCAGACCAUAGAAGCACAGAUGGUGCAGAUCAGGGAGGAGCUGUGUACUGUGGAGCAGAACCUCCUGACUGUGGAAGAUCUGCUGAAGAAACAGAACAUGGACUUCCUCACACAGUACAGAGACACUCACAAAGACAGACAGACUCUGCUCUCACAGCCCAGCCCACAGCUCAGACCAGGACUCCUGAUAAACCAGCCCAAAGUCCUGGCCAACGUGGCCUUCAACGCCUGGAAGAAGAUGAGAGCCCUGGUGCAGUACAGUCCAGUCAUUCUGGACCCAAACACUGCAAACAGGUGGCUCUAUGUGUCUGAGGAUCUGAGGGGGGUGAGACAUGGAGAAACUGAAGAACAACAGGUCCCUGAUAAUCCAGAGAGAUUCUGUAAAUACAGAGAGGUCCAGGGCAGUGAGGGCUUCAGCUCUGGCUCUCACCAGUGGGACGUGGAGGUGGGGGACCAUCCAGACUGGAUCAUUGGUUUGGCCAAAGAGUCUGUUGACAAGAAGGAAGACAGAGAGGCCACUCCAGAAAAUGGACUGUGGUGUUUAAUGCUUGACGAUGGAGAAUAUUCUGAUGUUGAUGGUAAAACUCUUGUCCUGAAGAGGAGCCCUCAGAGGAUCCGAGUGCGACUGAACUGUGAUGAAGGGACAGUGUCUUUGUUUGACGCUGGAGACAUGUCUCUGAUCUGCUCUCACAAGGACAGAUUCAAAGAGAAAAUGUUCCCGUAUUUCUGUGUUGGUGAAUCUGGUGACGCUGAAACCAAAGAGAUUAAAGUAUGUUCCAGUGAAGGUCUUUAAAGGGCCUGUUAUUUUUGAGGUUUACUUUGUUUUAGGGUUUGUUUUCCCUCAUCCAUCAGGUUAUUGGAGAACUAUUCAUUUUAAAAGUUCAUAUCAUUCAAUGUGUUUUUAACACACUGCUCCUCAAUGUUUGACUCGUUUACACAAACUGAAAAUACUUCAUUUUUAAAUCUCCUCUAGUCCAUGGAUGAGACAUGAGUUAUCUCUGUUUCAGCUGAAGCCAGUCCCUCCAAACAGCACUUCAUUUGUUUAUCUAUGUCAUGAUGCCUGUUUUUCCUGUCCUCCUGUGCUGUGUUCCCUCCUCCCUCACCUGUCUGUCUCCGGAGCUGGGCGGAGUCCUGCUCCUCCUGCGCGCACCUGCAGCCCAUCUACACAAUCAACACCACCUGCUGUGGAUAAGAGGAGCGAGGACCAGACACUCGGCGCCGGAACGUCCGCGUGUCACACACCUCCGCCCGAGACCCAGCUCCGGACCUCCCCGCACCUGCACUUCUACCUUGGUAUGGUCUCACGUUACCCACGUCGUGCACUUGUGUGUUCCCCUGCUCACAGAUCCGCACCCACGCUCCCCAGCUUCUGAACUACGCUGUGAAGCACCUCGUUCCCCGGCCUUGUGGAUUAUUGAACUGUGAUCACUAUGUACACACUUCUGUGAAUAAAGACAUCGUUUAACC